GGCUGCCCAAAUCCGAGUUCCGUUCGACAAGUCAUGGCAAGGCCAGCCAAAGCAGCGCCGACCGCCACACCACCCAGCAAGACCAAAGCUGCAAUGCCAACGCGCGGUGCGCCGCGGAUGUCCUCUCCUCGUGUCUUUUGGAGCUUGGCUGUGGUGUUUGGAGCGCUCGCGGCAUGGCUGCGCUACCAAGCACUGAUGGCGACAAAGUCGUUGCACCACAUCGGGCUGCCGACGUCAGCCGCCCCGGCGCGCAUUCGAUGGAACGUUACGUGCUCCAACCAGUACAAACCAUUCGUCCAAGGAUGCCACAAACGAACCAAGUGCGGCCGCGCGUUGAAAGACAACUUUGUCUCGCCGGCCGUGGUGGACGCGUUGCGCGGCAUCGCAGACCAUGGCAUGCAGGGCCGAUCGACUCUUGGCGGCCCCACGAUCAUGGACAUCAACACAGGUACCGCCGGCCACGAGUCGUCUCAUUCGCCAUCGCCGUCGUAGGCUACGUGAAAGACGGCAACGGCCUGAUCAACCUGUAUCGGCAAGACCCGCCCGUGCAGUUCACGACAGCGCAGUACACGUUGUACCGCGACACGAUCGAAGCCAUUCGCCGCGCAAUCAUGCAUGAGUUUCAACUGACGACGCUGUACUUUACCGCGCCGACGUUUCUCACGCGCCUCAUUGGCAAUGCGUCGUGGACUCCAGCCGAGUUGCAUGACGAGUACUGGCAUGCUCACGUCGACAAAAACAAUACGCAUCACUACGACUACUCGGGGCUCCUGUACUUGGCCGACUACGGCGUCGAGUUCACGGGCGGGAUGUUUGCCUUCCUCGACCACCAUCGAAACACGACGGUCGAGCCCGCACGAGGUCGGCUCAUGAUGUUUACGUCGGGCGCGGAAAACGUGCACGAGGUCCGGCCCGUCGAAUCCGGCGCGCGGUACUUGAUGAGCAUGUGGUUCACGUGCGACGCCCGGAAGCGUUUUCACAACUUUUUGGACGGCAAAGUGCACGAGCACUACGCCAGCGCCACUUGAAAGGACGGCGGCGAGUCGGAAGAAGUGAACGAGAUGUGGAAAAUCCAAACGCAGAAAACAGCAAGUGUGUGCGUUGAGGUGUUGUUCGAUACAGGAGCGUAGUCGGGGACUCCCCAGCGACACCACGACCUUGAACGGGACACAGUCCUUCAGCUACCGUUGGCACGGAACCACACGGCCCGCCGUGCUUUCGCAAUCGCG